AUGCCUGAAAAGAAGGGGGAAAAGCAAGAAGAGUUUUUUCAUCUUCCCACCCAGGAUGAAGUUGCCAGCUCCGAAAAAGCUUCAGAUGUCGAUCCUCAAAGAUCGGGUAAUGCUGAUGGGGAUUCGGUAUCGAAAGCCGAUGCAAAAGAGACUGAUUUAGGCCAAGUGACAUCAAAAGCAGCUUCUGACUCUGUGGAAGACAAUAGUGAAGAACCCGUUUCUCUUCAAUCCUUGGGAGUGAAAUUCAUAGAACAAAAUUCUUUGGAGCGGUCUGUUGCCGAGCAGGCAGACAAGGUAAUGGCUGAAAAGGAUGUUGAGCUCGAGCAAAAACGACUAGAUAAGGCCUUAAAGAAACUCAAGAAACUUGAGACUGAGGUUGAUCGACUUCGUACGAAGAUUGAUUUUGGAACAGGACGGAUAUCGCAGAAAGAAGCACUUCGAAGGCGUGCGGAAAAAAUAGAAAGUUCCGAUAUUCUUCAGGCAUCCACAGAUGUCAAGGAAAUAACUGAACGGCUAAGAAGAGCACAGUCGAUUGUAAAGGAUCAGAAAGAUAUCAUCACGGAGUCGGACGAAUCCACAGUUGAGAAUACAGCUUUGUCCUCGGGCCAGAAGUCCAGAAGACUGCUAGAUGAGACUCAGCAGGAGUAUCUCAUGAGAAUCGGUAAGAUUACUGCAUUUGGAAGCAAGAACAGAUUUAUUGAGGAGGUUGGGGAUGGAGAGGAUGAAAAUCUAGCUUCGUCUCAUCAGAAUCUUAAACGGCCGGGAUUGGAAAGUCUCGAAAUGGAAACUGCCCAAGGGGAGAAUGGUAAACAGGAAAACGAUAAUUCCGGGAAGAUUUUAGGUAAACGUAAAAGAAGAAAGGUGAUACCGAUAGAUGAUGAUGAUGAGUAUAUGGAGCCAUCUGAUGAUGGAGAACUAGUGAAUAGUAGUGAUGAAGAUGAAGAUGAUUAUUACACGGAGGAAAAUGUUGAGGAGUCGGAUAUCGAUGAUGUCGAUGUAUCUGUUCCGGCAAAGAAGAAAACUCCGGAGGAGGAAUUUAAAAACAUAGAUGACGGAGAUGAGAAGCUUUACCAGAAGCGUGUGAAAGAGUGGAUAAAUACGAGAUCACGACUCAGAGCAUUAAAACGUCCAAAUUAUGUUAAUGAUUCCGACAAACCAGAGUGGGAGAAGCCACAUCCGACUGCCAAUGAUGGAAUUCUCAAUGAUGAGUUUCGGAUUCCCGGUGAUAUUUAUCCAUCGUUGUUCGACUACCAGAAAACCGGUGUUCAGUGGUUGUGGGAGUUGUACAGUCAGAAAACAGGCGGUAUUAUUGGUGAUGAGAUGGGUUUGGGAAAAACAAUUCAGGUGAUAGCUUUUCUUGCCGGCUUGCAAUACAGUGGGAAGUUAAAGAAGCCGGUAUUGGUUGUUUGUCCCGCUACUGUGCUUCGUCAAUGGUGUAAUGAAUUUCAUCGUUGGUGGCCGGCUUUCAGGGUGAUGAUUCUACACUCAAUUGGCAGUGGAAUGAGUGGAAUGUCAAAGAAAAGACGCAGCCAAUUACGCGAUGAGGAAAGCUGGGAGGAAGAUCUUGAGUUGGAAGAGCAUCAAAGCCAUAGAUCGGCACACAGCAUAAUGAAUGAACAAAAUGCACGGGAAUUGGUGCACAGAGCUGUUUCCAAGGGUCAUGUGAUUAUUACCACGUACGUUGGGGUCAGAAUAUAUGCGAAGUACCUUCUUCCUGUGCAUUGGCAGUAUGCUGUGCUUGAUGAAGGCCAUAAGAUCAGAAAUCCAGACAGCUACAUUACUCUUACAUGCAAACAGAUUAGAACCUCCAACAGAAUCAUUCUUAGUGGAACGCCAAUUCAAAAUAACUUGGUGGAACUCUGGAGUUUAUUUGACUUCAUAUUCCCUGGCCGGCUUGGUACAUUGCCGGUAUUCCAAAAGCAGUUUUGUAUUCCCAUUAACCUAGGUGGAUAUGCCAAUGCCACCAACGUUCAGGUGCAAGCCGGCUAUAAGUGUGCAGUCAUACUUAAGGAUCUCAUAUCUCCUUAUCUGCUACGUCGUGUUAAAGCUGAUGUGGCUCAGGAUUUGCCUAAGAAAUCCGAGAUGGUACUCUUUUGCAAUCUCACAAAACGUCAGAGGGUGUUGUACCAAAGUUUUCUACACUCCGAAGAUAUCGAACGCAUAUUGAAGGGGAAACGAAAUGCUCUUUACGGAAUUGAUAUCUUACGGAAGAUUUGCAACCAUCCAGACUUGGUCGAGGGCAAGAUUAUAGACGGCAAAAGGGAAACCGGGACUAAGGAUAGUAAAAAAGAGUCUUCAAGGACACUUGCAGAGAAAUCUGGUAAGAUGCAGGUUGUUAGCAAAUUGCUUCAACUAUGGCAGAAGGAAAACCGCAAAGCUCUCAUAUUUACGCAAACACGACAAAUGCUGAAUAUUAUGGAGCAUUAUAUGGAAGUGUUAAAUAGAGAGACAAACAAUACUUUUGGAUAUCUUCGAAUGGAUGGAACCACUCCGAUUGGAGAGAGGCAAAAGUUGGUCGAUAGCUUUAAUACCGACCCAAAAUACCAGGUGUUUCUUUUGACAACACGGGUCGGAGGUUUGGGUGUAAACUUGACUGGUGCCAGUAGGGUGAUUAUAUAUGAUCCAGAUUGGAAUCCAUCUACCGAUAUCCAGGCAAGAGAAAGGGCAUGGAGAUUAGGACAGAAAAAGGAUGUGACAAUUUAUAGAUUGAUGAUUGCUGGUACGAUCGAGGAGAAGAUAUACCACAGACAAAUAUUCAAGCAGUUUCUCACCAACAAGGUUUUAAAGGAUCCGAAACAGAAGAGGUUCUUUAAGAUGACGGACAUGUAUGAUUUGUUUACGUUGGGUGAUCAGGACACAAAGGGUACGGAUACUGCUGACUUGUUUGGUGCCAGAGAGACAAACUACUCUGGUACUAAAGAGAGGAAGUCGAAGUAUUUAAGUGGGGUGAAUGCAAGGCGUAGAACUUCUUCUCCUGACGAUAUUUCGGAAGAUAAUGGGGACUCGGAUGAUUUCAUGAAGGUUUCCAAGAUGAGGGGAGUUGCCAGUAUACAGAAGUAUGAUACAGGAGAAGGUUCCAAAUCGAAAGGCAACGAUGAUGACUCAAGGCUUGUUUCGCAAAUUUUCAAAGCAUCUGGUGUUCAUUCGGCAAUUCGGCAUGACGCAGUGCUUAAUUCAGGAGGUGAGGGAUCUAAUACUGUGAAUACUAUUGAGCGAGAAGCAGAAAGAAUCGCAAAGGAUGCAGUUAGUGCUCUUAGGGAGUCAAGGAAAGCAGCAAGAAAAAGUGGAGUUUCAGUUCCAACAUGGACAGGAAGACAUGGAGCUGCUGGUAGGAUGGCAAGAAAACCGUUGAUGAAUACCAGAAAGAAGAUACCCGGUGCAGUUCUAGGCCUUCAUAUUUACCGUGGAAGAUCUGGGUUGUCAUCUGCUUCUCUUCUGCAGAGUAUGAAGAAAAGACAGAAUUCAUCUGGAACUUUGAAGCGGAUUGUAAAAGCUCCUCAGAAAGACAUUAGCAGUAGCUCCAACGAGAACACGGAGAAGCUCAUAUACAAUCUUAGUAACUAUAUGUCAGGCUUGGAUGGAUGUUUCAGCACAUCAAGCGACAUUCUAGAUCAUCUAAAUGUUGACAUAUCGAAUGAGAAGGAUGUACGAGUUCUCCGUUCGAUGUUAAGAACAAUUUGCAAGUGGGAUAAAGUUAGAAAGGGGUGGGUUCUCGGGAAAGAGUUUAGAUAG